CAAAGCACUUUAUCAUAUUUUCAUAAAUGAUCUUACGCUAGUGAUUAUUAUUUUUUAUUUAUUGCGGAAAACAAUAAUAAAAAAUGUCAAUAAUAUUAAUAAAUAAACAUAAACAACAACAACUACAUGUGUGUUUAUAUCAUAAAUGUUUACUAUAUUAAUAAAUAAUUAAUCAAUGAAACGAGCGUGUAUAUUUCAUAAAUUAAUAAGUGGCAUCCAAAUGUUUGUGAAAUACAAUAGUAGUGGUUUUGAAAAUAAAAUGAACCCGCAGACGAAUUUCUUUUUGAAUACGGAAAAUUAUUUGCGAUCUUUUGAUAGAAUCUCUAUUGAAAAUAAUAAAAUUACAGACUGUCCGACAACUUUGUGCCAUCCGAAGAGUGAGAAAUAUCGUACAGCGGCGCCGCCUAAACAUGACACAAGCGCGAGUUCCAAAUCGGAAAUUAGUGGUUCGUUACUAUAUUUCGGCUAUAAUUCUGAUGAUUAUGAGCGUGGUUUAGAUUGGUCUACGAGCAGCUACAAUCCCAUACCAUUUUACAAAGAUAAACAAAAACAACGACGGGUUCGAACGACAUUUACGUCCAAACAACUCAAGGAACUAGAAAAGAUUUUCCAAGAGACACAUUAUCCUGAUAUUUAUACGCGCGAAGAGAUCGCUAUGAAAAUAGAGCUAACAGAGGCACGCGUACAGGUUUGGUUCCAAAAUAGACGUGCGAAAUUUCGAAAACAAGAACGACAAGCUAACAUAAUCAGCACGAAAGUACCGGAGAUUUCACAAAAACAAAUGCAAAACCCUUUCGCUGCGAGUUCUAAAUGUCUCUCGCCGUUCAUGAUGUCAACGUUACUUUCCACCGACACAAGUUCGAAAUCUUUGCAAUUAAUUAAAUGAAACUAUUUCAUGCGAUAAUACUUCACAUAAUACAUACAUAAAUACAUUUAGAAAUACUGACUUUUGUAAACGAAAAAAGUGCGUAAAUAUAAUAUACUUGUAUUAAAUGUGCAAUAUGUACAUAUGUAACUAUACAAACAUAUCAAUUUAAUUAUAAACAUUUUCAAGU